AUGUUGCUUUUCAUAUUUAUUGCAUUAGCAUCAUCACUAAGAAUUCAAAAAAACUUUUUCAUUUCAAAUAUUGAGAGGACAGUGUAAUUAACUGAUAGAUAUGUCUACAUCAAAUCUAAAAUUAAUUUUAAAAAUGAUGGAGUCAUUCCAAUUGAAAAGAUUUAUUAUACAAUCCAUAGUGCACUGUCAGAUAAAUUAUAUCAUGUCAAUAUAGAGGAAAGCAAUGCAAAAAGAGUAAUAGAAGAUGUGGAUGUAAAAUACAAAUAGAAUGCAACAGUCUAUGAAUUUACAUUAUAGAAAUCAAUCGAACCUUCUACAGAUUAAGAAGUAGAAUUAAAUGAAUAUUAUUAUAAACGAUUCAAACCAAUGCCUAAAGAAAUUGGAGUUGAGGAUGAAUAAUUAGUCCAAUUUAUGGAUUCCGUAUAUUUCUUCACUCCUUAUUUUGUUCAAAAUCAAAUAACUUAUUAUGAAACUCCAAAAAUUAUCUCUUAUACUCUAAAAUCAGCUACUCAGAGAAAUUCACUUCUAGAAUUUGGACCUUACUAAGACAUUAAGGCUUUUUCGACUUAGAUUCACACAAUCCAUUUAGAAAACAACACACCAAUGACUGUUUUCACAAAGGCAUCUAAAAUCAUAGAAGUAUCUCAUUGGGGCAAUAUUUUAAUUGAAGAAAACUAUUCAAUUGAAAAUCAAGGAGCAAAGUUGAAAGGUGAAUUCGGAAGAGUUAAUUUUAAUAAAUACAAUCCAAAUGUGGGCAAACACUCUUUGAAAUAAUUGUCUGCAUCACUCCCAUAUGAUUCUUGGGGUGUUUACUAUAGGGAUGAGAUAGGAAACAUUUCAACAUCAAAUGCUGCUAAAGGGAAACUUAAUGGGGAAAAUUAAGCCCUUAUCUAAUUAAGACCCAGAUUUGCAAUAUUUGGAGGAUGGAGAAGCAAUUUUACUUUAGGGUACAAUUUACCAACAAAAAAAUACUUAGAAUAAGAUGGAAAUAAUUUUAAAUUAACUUUGAAUUUCCCUUUCUCUGUCAAGGAAAUGGUAUCUGACUCAUAUAACUUUUAAAUUUCCUUACCCGAAGGAGCUUAUGACAUCCGAGUUGAUUUGCCUUUGUAAGUUGAAAGGAAUGACACAUUAUUAUUUUCUUACUUUGAUACAGUUGGCAGACCUACAAUCAUUUUGGAUAAAACUACAACAAGCCAAUUCGAUAAUAAACAAAUUAUAAUCACUUAUAAAUUUUCUGGAAUAUCAAUAUUAAGAGAGCCCUUGAUGAUUUUUGGAACAUUUUUGUUUGCCUUUUUGUUGAUCAUAUAUUUAAGAAGAUUAGAUUUGUAGACAUUAAAAUUAAAAGAGUGAUAUAUUUUAAAUUCAUAUAUUAAAUCAU